AUGGAUGAGGACCUCAUCCAGAAGUAUGGUCCAGGGAUGUCCUUCUAUCGUGCGCAGAUCAAAGCGGCUCAAAGGCAAAAGAGGCUAGGAGGCGAAGUCGUUCUCACGAGAUACUGUGCAGCCCUGAGAGAAUUAACGCUUUCGAAUAAGCUGCUUGAAGGCAAGGUGAAGCAACUAUGCUCUGAUAGUCUCCGACUCACCUUCGACGUAACGCUACUCAAGCGUCAUAUGAAAGCUAUUAGCGGCGAGCUUCUUGUGACAUGGCAGGCCGACAUUUUGACGCGGCUAGUUGAAGUCAUCUACGAAAGGCACGGAUGGAGAAUGCCCGGGGAGGUUCUCGUCAGCGACAAAUACAGCCUAGAUCGGGAUACGCUAUCGAAAAUAUACGUAAUGGCAGCAAGAAAGAUUAAGAAAGAAACGAUCAUGAAGAAGGCGGUUGGUCUCUCAGAGCAGUACUAUCUUGCCCUCCAGAGGUACAGAACAGGCGAAUGGUUUCGUGAGGUACACUCCACGACAGUGGCUCGCGCAAAAGCGCCGGCUGCCCGGCUAUUCCUAACAGAGAACUGGCGGUCACUGCUUCCAUGUUUUGCUCGCUGGCUUUAUCUGCAUGGACCCUUCAGUAAACUUGGCACUGUGGCAGUGAAGAGUGUCUUCCCUAGGUCGUUACUGGGUCUUAAUGCUCCCACAAGGGUUUUGCACGAGAACCCGUCUCCACGCAGCGCCAUAAAAACCUCAUGCAAUUACACCGGCGUAACCCGAUAA